AUGCCGAUAAUAGAGGAGUUUCUGGCUGAGAAGGGAGAGAAUUUACAGAAGCUGUUCUCUGAUCGACUGGGCUUCGAGUUGCCCUCGCCUACCACGAGUAAACAAGCGCGGGGCCUUGAGCUUCAGCCUGGAUGCGUUCCGAUUCCAGAAGGGACAGAAUCUUUCAUUCUCCGUCUCACAAACUCUGAUGCUGAUGGAAUGAAAUCGACAAACCGCGUCGAGAAUGAAGUUGCAGUCCUCUCUCUUGCAUCUACUGCUUUAACUGAGUUCCGGCCCAACGUGGUUCCUUCGGUAUAUGCGUGGAGUACUGCCGCUGGGACUACUCAGGGAUGGAUUCUCCAGCAGCGUAUGCCAGGUUCGAGUAUUCUUGAAGCUUUUUCGGAAAUGAAUCUCGAGAACCAGAAACCGAUUCUUGCACAAAUGGCAAGGAUUUUGAAGGCCCUGCAAGAUUAUCCCCUUCCAGACAGUAUUACUGAUUUUGGUGGCCUGACUUUCGACGGCAGUGGACACAUUGUCAGUGCCUCAAUGACUAAUGUCGGUGCUGGACCGUGGUCGUCAUAUGAAGACUUCUUCAGGACCAGAUUGCAAAUCGCACUCGAGAAAGCGGACAAGAGCCAGCAUAUUCAGGGCUGGCAUGCCAACGGUAUAAGAAAGCGGCUUGAUGCUUUCAUCGAGCAUGGAUUGCAUUCACAGUUUGAAUCUCUAGCUUAUAAGGACAAGAGGGUUAUUGCGCACAACGACUUCAGUGAGUACUUAGUUAAUCAAGUGGUUAACAAGUUACCAAGUCUGGGAUUUUUUAAUUUGCUAAUUUAUUCUACUUCUAAGCUCCGGAUAAUAUUCUCGUUGACCUCGACCGGGACGCAUUACUAUGACUUUUCCUGCAUCUCGCAUCCCUCCUACGAGUAUUUCUGCUCGUUUCUUGGUGCUGGUGAGCAACUCCCCGGCUGGUGUGAGGAUCAGGAUAGUGAUCAAGCCAAACUACGUCAUGCCAAACUACACGGCUUUCCGUCACCACUUUUCCCGACUACUGAGGGUGGAAUCAAUUGGGAAGUCGUGAGAGCUUGUGAGGAGGAGCUAGAGAAGGUGGAUGCAUUGCGGCCAAGAACGAUGGCAGGAAUAGAUAAGGUGGCUGAUAUCAAUGCGCUUUUGAGUACAAUUUUGCCCUGGCGUCUGUCUAAUAGCGACAUUCUCGCAAAGCAGUCGCAGGACACUGUUGAAAGAUACCGAAAGAUUAUGGAAGUUCAACUAGCUGAACUGCUUCAGCAUAUGGGGUAUUAA